AUGUCGUCGGGACCAAUCCGCAAAAUGAUCGUCCCAGCCAUCAGACAACUCAAAACCAACCUCAAUGAAGCUACCAACAUCAUCACCGCCCAACAAGAGGUGUUAGAAGAACAGCAACUACAAAGACUCCGCACUCUUCGGAAGCAGUUGGCCAGUAAUACCGUAAGGUUAGAAAAUUUAAACCGGGAAUGGCAGGAUUUUAUGAGAAAAAUGAAACGGGAAAACCUACCGGCGGAGGAAAGAAUUUAUGAAAACUUCCAACGCCCGGCACCGGAUGACCCCCUCCUAGCGGGCUACAAACAUUUUACCGAAUGGGUCGUGGAAGUCCUGGCCAUCAUCGACACAAUCGAUGAAAUAGUCAAACGGGAUAGCACUUCCGGCAAUCUUCAGUCCAGGACUAGAUCACGGAGCGCCUCCAUACGAUCCCGACACUCGCAUCAUUCCCAGCGACCAAACCAACAAGAAUUACCGCGUAACCCAGCAUACGACUCUUUUAAAAUCGCUCCCAUGGAAAUUCCGAAAUUUUCUGGGGAACCCGAAAAAUGGACCAGUUUUUGGCAAUGUUUUGAGUUGGCCAUCCAUGACAAUCCAAACAUCCCAGACGCGCUCAAAGUCCACCAUUUAUGCAAUUCACUCAUGGGAUCAGCGGAAUCGACCAUCCAAGGAUACCCGAGAAUUGCCGAAAAUUACCCGAUUAUAGUGGAAUGUUUAAAAGGAAGAUAUGGUAGUACCCGGAACCUCAGAGAAACUCUCCAAUCAGAGCUUCUUCAAUUACCACCAACAAAGGACACCGCUGAUUCGCUUCGCACCUUUUGCGAUAACAUAGAAAGAAUUUGCAGACAAUUAGAAUGCAAUUUCAGCACAAAAGAAGACGCGUCCCUACUAGUCACCACAAUUAAGGCCAAACUUCCUUCCACUCUUAUUGAAAAAAUAAUAGAGAGGGAACGAAGUUCACCAGCCGGAGACUGGACACAUAAGGAACUUAGGAAUUUCCUUUUAGAACAAGUAGCAAUAAGAGAGGAAGUGGAAAUUUGCACAAAGAGAUUGAGAGUCCCGUCCAUUCAAAGGGAAUAUAGUCAGCCGACUCGCCAAUCAAAGAGUCACCGGCCAGCACAUUCGCCAUCAUCCAACUUUACCCGCACAUUCACAGCCAUUGAAAGGAAUGUCGGCCAAUGCUCACUUUGUACUGGAGAUCACCUCCCUUCAGUUUGCCGCAAAUUCCAAACACCCGAAAGCCGCAAAACCCGCUUGCAGGCUCAACGCAGGUGUUUGAAUUGUUUACGCGAAGGACAUAAAAUCGGGCAGUGUACAUCGACCAAAAGAUGUAGGAACUGCGGCGGCAAGCACCACUUUAUUAUCUGCACCCGCCAAAAAGGGGAGCAAUACAAAAGAAAAAUUAGUCACCCAACUAAGCAGAAAAAUAACUAUUUUCGAGGGAAUGAAAACUUGUCACCGGUUAAUAGUCUGACUCACCGACCGCCGCAAGUGUAUACAAAUUCGCGAACGAAUUCUGAAAAUCAACCCGGAACAAACCAGAAUGUUCCCGCCAACCCAGAAGUGGCUAUGACCGCAACCGGGUCUAAACCGCAUACCUUUCUGAUGACCUGCAAACUAAAAUUAAGCUCUGGGAAUAAUCGACCAAUUUACACUACUGUUGGUCUCUGGGACACCGGCUCCCAAACUUCCUACAUUUCUCAAUCUUUGGUCGACCGUUUAAGACCACCGAGGGUUUCUACCUCCAAUCACUCAGUACGCGUUUUUGGCGCCGAUAAAGUCAAAUUUCGCUCAACUGGACACAAGAUUAGGCUCCAUAAGCCCAAUGGGAGAUGGGAAGAAGUUGUAUUUUGCUCAAUCCCGCAAAUCGUCCCGGCAUUUCCGUGUAUUCAAUGGGAUGGAACUCGGAUCCCUACUAACCACCGAGACCUCAAAAACAUUCCCGUCAAAAAUAGGGAACCAGAAAUUCUACUAGGAGUUAGAGAAUUCUGGAGAUUCUUCCUCGGAUCCAGGAAAAUAGGAAGAAAUCUGCACAUUAUAAAAACUCACUUUGGUUCGAUGCUCUGCGGUGAAUUACCCCAUUAUAUUUCACCUACCUCGCUAACCUGCAUUUCUCUUUCUGCCGUGCACAGCUCACCGGAAGAAAUGCCUGCCAGUAAUAAAAUAGAGCAAUUUUGGAACCUUGAGUCUAUGGGUAUCACCGACAACCCAGGAAAUAGGGACGACGAAAUCGCCACAAGAUUAGUCGAUCAAUCGAUCAAACAGGACCCAGAUGAGAGAUACACAGUGGGACUUCCUUGGAAAUCACCAGAAGGAACUUCCGGACCCCCAUCGGAAUUACCCUCCAAUUUUGAUAUGGCUGCCAAACGCCUAUCUUCAGUAUCUAACCGAAUAGAAAGGGCGCCCACAAUAGCCCAGGAAUACCAUGACGCAAUAGAAGAUCAACUUAAACUGGAAGUAAUUGAAACCGCACAGUGCAAUACAAGCGCACAGAAACACAUCCUUCCACACCAUGCAGGAUCAAAUAAAGGGAAAAUUCGCCUAUUAUACGAUGCAAUCGCUCAUCGAAAAGGACUUCCCUCGCUCAACCAAACACUCUUUAGAGGACUAGUUUCACUUGCCAAUUUAAUUAACCAAUUACUCAUCUUCCGGGAAACCGAAAUCCCCGUUUUGGCCGACAUCGAAAAGGCCUGUCAUCAAAUCUCAUUAAUCGUAUUCUGUAAAUUGCUUUGGCUAAAAAACAUGGACCAACCUCUCUCGCCGUCCAACUUAGCUGUCUAUCGAUUCAAUGGAAUUGCAUUUGGGACUAUUAGUUUUCCGUACAUCCUAGCUGCCGCCAAUAGGCAUCAUCUUUCAAAGGAGCGAACCGCCUUGUUCCUCUCAAAAAAUUGUUUUCGCCCACUAAAAGCAAACUCGAAACUCACCCUACCUCGAUUAGAACUACUAGGGAUUUUAAUUGGAUUUAAUUCGACUAAAUUCAUCCAAAAUGAGAUAAACUGGGAAAUCGAUAAAUCCUUCAUUUGGAGUGACACAACUAUUGCCCUUAGCUGGCUUAAGGAAACUGUCCACCAACCGGUCUUCAUAGCAAACCGCGCCAAGCAAAUCAGAACUUUACCCAAUUCCGACUCCACCGCUGAGUCUAAAAUGAACAACAUCCUAAUCAAUACAGGGAGAUUUCACUCAUGGGAUAAAAUAAGGACUACCAUUUGGGUUCUUCGUUUUCUAAAAUCUAAAUUCAUCAAACCUGGCCGCGAACCUUCUUUGCUCAUAAAGAAUCGCCGCCCGGAGCUUCUCUCUAUUUCUCAAGCAACUAGUAGAGAAAACUCCGCAUUCUCAGCAAAUGAUUAUCUAACCGCUGGCUCUAUGCUUAUAAAUAUUGCGCAACAGCAAACUAUAAAUGUGACCGAGCACUACCCACUAGAAACCGCCCAAAAUGGUUUACUUCCCCUCAAACCACGUGCGCAACAAAUCAAGCGUCCAGCAUUAGCUCGACCUAUUCUACCAAAGUCCAGAUCUCAGACCGCCCAUAAAGGAAAGAGACUGGAAAUCCAAUCCGCCCCUCGGAUUGGCGAAAUCUUAAUUGUAGAAGAAAAAUAUACUCCAAAGGAUCUAUGGCCCAUGGAACGUAUCGCCAAGUUAGGAGGAAAACCUGGAGCAACCAGGAGAGUUCAAAUAAAACCGCAAAAUGGCAACACUGUCACGCGUCCAGUCAAUAGCGUGUACCCUCUAGAAAUAAAACCAACUGAACAAGAGUUUAUUGUCCCACCUCAAGUCGACACCGCUACCGAAGGAACUCAAGAAACUUCCGUGCGGGACCCAAAGACUAACGCCGGACAUCGAAUGACAACGAGGAGCAAAUCAAGAGCACUCGUGUCUACCCUACUAAACGUGACAUCAUUAAUUUUCUGUUUUGCAUCCAUCAAUGGAUCGCCCCAAAUUAAUAUGACAUGCCCAAAAUGUCAAUUUCUCUUCACUAAAAAAGGAGUUACAAUAAUCAGCCCCAGCGAAUUCGCCAAUUUAGAAUUGUGCUGCGCCGGCAACUGUUUAAUAAAGCGGAAUGCUCCCGUCAAUUCUGGAACUUUAUCAGGAUCGGGACUGCUAUUCCUUCUCCUUCUAUCUAUUGGAUUAUCACGCAUGUUAAAAUCGUGUUCGCCGCAAUCCAAUUCAUUAUUGCAAUCUUCUCCGCUUUAUUUAACUCCUAUCCGUGUUAUGCGACCUUCUCUUCGCAAGCAAAAUCAGGGGGAAAAAUACUGCCCGAGUACAAUAAAAGGAGAACCCACAGAGAAACCAAUAGGCAUUGGAGAAUCAAUAUGCUUUGCUGCAACAAUGGGCACUCAGAUGAUGGCAUGCUCGCCGCUAGUGGCCGGCGCCCCAGUGUCGCCGAAGCGACGUUUGCCAUAG